AUAACAGGAUUAUCACAACCAGAUCAUUAUUCCGAUUUCGUUUUAAUUCUCUAUGGCAUUUUUCCAUGUAUAUCUCCAUGUUUUAUGUGGCUGCCUAAUAAAUCGAUCAAGAUAAUAUUUAUUUAUCGCCAGGAACUCUGCACUAUACAUCGGUAAAAGUCGAACUGCGUUGCUAUUGUUGUAUGAAUUUGUGGAGUCAGUUUAGCAAAGUCCCGUCUUUAAUAAAACCAUGACUCAGCUGCUGGCAUUGGAAGUGAAUUUUCUAAACAUCCCCUCAUAUCCUGAGAAAGAAAAAAAAAAAAAGAACAAAAAAAAAAAAAAAAAAAGACACAGAAAAUUCAGCCAGAAUUGAAAACAGACUCCCAGUCACACUCACACAGAGGGGAGAGUAUUGGGAGGGAGAGGGGGGAGAUACGUACACAGAGCUGAAGAAAAAUAUUGGGAACAGAGUAAGUCAAGCUGGAUAAGAGAAGGAAACAUUCUUCUGGAGUCCCAAGUUAGAUUUUCAGAGGAUUUCCUACACCUCUCGCCUUCAUUAUGUAUCUUCCAGCUCAAACAUUUAAGGCCAGCCUCUAGAUUGUGAAGGGAAACUAGAGAAAACGUAGCUGUUAUCCAAAAAACGUUUCGAACAUCUCAACAUCAGUUCUAACUCCCAAGGUCAUCGUCACUUACAAAGGGCAGAAGAAGAUUUUUGGAAAAACAAUUGCUUGAAGAUGCUCAUGUGGACAGUUGUGCAAUAUCUUGCCCUGUUUGAAGUCUCCUAACCUUUUGGCAAAAGGUGUCCCUCCCUCUUGCGUUUACUAUUCCUGCCUUUUUUUCUCAUCUUAAACCCAAUGGAAAACUUUGUGAAACAUUUCAACCUUUCAGAAAUUUAACUGCAGGACUUCAGUAAGAAGAAAUCCAGACAAGACAGAAAAAAAGUAACAUCUGAAAACAGAACUGUGUAUGUCUGCUGAAGGAGACAUUGAAUAAGAAUCCAACUUACCUACUUGGACUUUCAGAAGAAUCAUUGAAAAUGUAUUUGCAACUCCUAACAGGUCUCUUAAUGAUCCUCUCCAAAAGCUUCUGUCUGAAGAUCACACCACAGGACUCAGAGAUUAUCCUGAAUAUUGGCAGCAAUUUCUUGCUAACCUGUACUGCCUCUGUAAAGACCGUGUGGGAGCAUGAAGAACAUUUCAUUGACUCAACUCUGGAGAGUGAAGAUGGGCUUUUCAUUAAUAAGCUCACCCUUUCUGACGUGACUGGCCAUGACACAGGACUAUAUUCAUGCUUAUACAAUCAAACCAAUGGAGAAACAGAAAGGAAAUCCGUCUACAUCUUUGUACCAGAUUCCAUGUUGUUCCUACCAAUCAAACAAGAUGAGGAGUUUGUUUUCAAAACUUCCGACCGCGUGCCUACCAUUCCAUGCCGUGUCACCAACCCCGAUGCCAACGUCACUUUGCAUAUAAGGAAAAUGGACACAGAAAUUGCUUCGGCCCACUAUGACAGCAAAAAAGGUUUCACUGGACAGUUCGAGGACAACUCAUACUAUUGCAAAGCUUCUUUUAAUGGAACUGAGGAGGUCUCCGAUACAUAUCACGUAUACACGCUGCAUGUUUCAAUCCUUAAUAUGACCCUUGAAGCAUCACAGACUCUAGUGAAAAAGGGUGAAACUAUCAAAGUGAUGUGCACUACUUACGGAAAUGAUGUUUUAACCUUUACGUGGGAAUAUCCUAAUAGGGAGGCUAGGUCAUCGAGGGACCCUGAUCUGUUAUUUUUACCAAACAAUGUCCUGCGUUCAAUUUUGACAAUUGAAAAUGCCGAGACGGAAGACUCGGGAACUUAUACAUGCGAUGCAAAAGAAAUGUUUAUUGGGGAUUCUGUGGUAAAACACGUCAAUAUCACUGUUCUAGAACGAGGCUUUGUGACGCUCAUUACAGAAGAAACUACCACUCAGUUUGCUGACCUGCACACAAGCAAAUCCAUUAAAGUGGUCAUUGAAGCUUAUCCAAAACCCACUGUCAUAUGGCUAAAAGACAAUCUUACACUGGCAGAGGACAAUACCAACCAAUUAACAAUUGUGAACAGAAAUAUAAGUGAAACCAGAUACAUCAGUGAUCUUUCUAUUGUACGAGUAAAAGAACAAGAUUAUGGGCUUUACACAAUCAGAGUUUUUCACGAAGAUGAUUUUCAGGAGAUGUCUUUUUACCUUCAGGUCAAUGUGCCAGCAGAAAUACUAGAGGUGGUUGACAGUCACCCAACGAGCGGUGGGCAGAUAGUGACCUGCUUUGCCAAAGGAUUUCCAGUGCCUGCAAUAACAUGGUACACCUGCAGUGAACUUAAAAGAUGUAACAGUAAAGGUUGGGAGCCAUGGAUGCGUCUAGACAAUGGUACCUCACAGCUGGAUUUCGACACGAAUUUGACUUCCACCCAGAUUAAGGAUCACGGCACUUACAUCGUGAAGGGUGUGCUUCAUUUCCGAAGUGUGGAAGACUCAAUUGCGGUUCGCUGUUUGGGCCAGAAUGCAUUUGGUUCUUCCAAUCGAGAUGUCACACUUGUGCCAAAUCAUUUGCCCUUCAAAAUUGUCCUUAUAUCGACCAUACUUGCCUUAGGGGUGUUAGUUGUAAUCUCCCUCAUAAUACUAAUUGUUUUGUGGAAAAAGAAACCUCGUUAUGAGAUUCGUUGGAAGGUUAUUGAAUCAGUCAGCUCGGACGGUCAUGAAUACAUUUAUGUAGACCCGCUCCAGCUUCCGUAUGAUUCUACAUGGGAGUUUUCCAGAGACAAACUAGUUUUAGGUCGUACCCUUGGAUCAGGAGCAUUUGGUAGGGUGGUUGAAGCUACAGCCCACGGAUUAGGCCAUGCCCAGUCAACCACAAAAGUAGCUGUGAAGAUGCUUAAGUCUACGGCACGGAGUAGUGAGAAGCAGGCUCUCAUGUCGGAACUGAAGAUAAUGAGCCACCUGGGUCCUCAUAUAAACAUUGUCAACUUGCUCGCAGCCUGUACUAAAGGAGGCCCGGUGUACAUCAUAACUGAAUACUGUCGCUUUGGAGACCUUGUGGAUUACCUGCAUCGUAAUAAGCAUACAUUUCUUCAAUAUUAUGCGGAUAAAGGGAGAAAAGACGCAGAGUUGUAUAACAAUACAUCUACUGGCGAAAGGAUGCAGAGUCUUAACUCCUUCUCCAUAGAGAGCGAUGGAGGGUACAUGGAUAUGAGUAAGGAUGACCUCUAUUACGUGCCAAUGUUAAACCUACAAGAUGAAAUCAAAUAUGCUGACAUUGAACCUUCUAACUAUGGCACUACAUAUGAAUUGGAGAAUUAUUCCCCAUCAACUCCAGAGAGGACAAAUAAUUCCACGCUUAUAAAUGAAUCACCAGUGCUAAGCUUUACUGAUUUAAUCGGCUUUAGCUACCAAGUGGCGAACGGGAUGGAAUUUCUGGCGUCUAAGAAUUGUGUUCAUCGUGACUUGGCUGCAAGAAAUGUGCUGAUCUGUGAUGGGAAACUAGUGAAAAUUUGUGACUUUGGAUUAGCCAGAGACAUCAUGAGAGACUCCAACUACAUUUCCAAAGGCAAUACUUUCCUGCCUCUUAAGUGGAUGGCGCCAGAGAGCAUUUUCAACAAUUUGUACACAACACUGAGUGAUGUCUGGUCAUUUGGAAUCCUACUCUGGGAAAUAUUUACUUUAGGUGGGACUCCGUAUCCUGAGCUACCGAUGAACGAGCAGUUCUACAAUGCCAUAAAACGCGGUUAUAGAAUGUCAAAGCCUUCUUAUGCGUCUGAUGAAAUUUAUGAAAUUAUGCAAAAAUGUUGGGAUGAAAAGUAUGAAAAGAGGCCUUCUUUUACUCAAUUAGUGUCUCUCACCGGAAACCUACUAAGUGACACUUACAAGCAGAGAUACAAAAAUGUGAAUGAAGAAUUUUUACAGAGCGAUCACCCUGCUGUGGUUCGUGUGAUGCCCAGAAUAACUAAAACCAACAGCUUUGUACACGGGAGAGGCUCUGAAAUUAUAGCAAAUAAUAUUCUGUAUUCAGUAGUGGAGCCAAUUGACAGCAACGACUAUAUUAUUCCUCUGCCGGAUCCCAAACCUGAGGAUUCAGAUAAUGUUCUGAAUGAGACUUCAGAAAGUCGACCAAGCUCUGUGUUACAUGAAGGUAAUACAUCUUCAACAAUAUCGUGUGACAGCCCUCUGGAACAGCAUGGCCAAGACAUAGAAGGCGAAGUCUGCCAAGAAGAUCAGCAGCAAGAUACAGAGGAGAGCUUUUUGUAACCUCCAUCAUCAUAAAGACUUUCAACGACAGCUCAGCUUUACAGCAAGCGAUAUGUUUCAUUCCAGAGAAAAAGAUGCUGAGAAUAUAGAAGCUAAAUGAUAAAUUAGUAUGCAAAGAAGUAACUGAGCGCCAAUAUUGAAGACAGACCAAAGGAAAUACCAGCUGAAUAGAUACUAUUCUAUAGGCAACGGUUGAUAACUAUAGUUCUUUAUUAUUAAAGAGAGAUGCAUUUUCUAUAUGAAAAAUAGAUUGUAAGAUGCCCGAUUUGAAUGACCCUAUGCACACAAAAGGCAACAAA